GUUAAUCAGCACAUGUGCGCAGAGCCCAGUGGGAUACAGCCGUGCUGGUGUACCUGUGUGUAAGGUGUGGCCUGGUCCUGGUUGAUCUCUCGGUGUCCUCAAGCAUCUGUAUCAAGUCCGUUCCGUAUCUGUACAACCGUGGGCAUGUUUGGCUUCAUCAUCGGCGUUGCUGUAAUGGUUACUGAUUAUCCAGUAGUAUCGGGCCAAACCGUCUGUAAUCCCCCGAACUGUCACAAAGUGACUAUAACAGCGAGUAAAUUUACAUCUGUGGACAACAAUACUUACACCCUCACCGGCCAGGCAGCUUGGGUUACUGAUGGUGUAACGUCAGGGCAGUGUGCAUCGGUCGCGUCCAUUUACCCAGCAUGGGAGGCAGAGUUGGGGCAGGAUAGGACAGUCAGCAGGAUCAAGAUAUUCUGGGAAGAUACACAGGAUGACGUCUAUGUGUCUGUCGGGGGCAGGAUAUGUCACAGCGCGGCGUCCACGGAGUUCACAUACAUGUGGGAGCAAGAAUACACCCUGGUCUGUGAUGCACCCGUCACGGGGAACAGCCUCCGGAUCUACCGUCAACCUACUGCUCGGAUGCUGAAUCUGAGUCUCUGUGAGGUGGAAAUAUACGCAACGUCAGAAUCACCAUCAACACCUCCAGCAUUCUCAGCUUCCCACGGACCAUCUACGUCCUCCACACCAGCGACAGUGAUAUCACAUGGAGACACCACCAGUGACGUCCAUCCAACACUGUCAAUCACCCUGGACAGUGCUACUACAACCAUCGCUCCAACACCAACGACACUGUCAUCCACUGAUGUAUUCACUAACCACGCCAAUCCAACAACGACGAUCAGUCUGACCACUGCUACAACUAUCUCUUCAACACCGACGACACUAUCAUCCACUUUUAAAUCCACUAGCCAUGUCAAUCCGACAACGACGAUCAGUCUGACCACUGCUACAACGACGUCUUCCACACCAAGGACACCGUCAUCCGUUGAUACAUCCACCAGUGUUAACAGUCCAACAUCGAUGAACAUUCUGGACACAACUACCAUCACUUCGUUCCUUGAGACUCUAGAAGAACUACAUGAAUCCACUUCUAACCAUUUCCUAGCUCCAAGUUCUACAGUCACUCCACAUACCGCAUCUACCUCUGCCAUUAACUCGAAUCCAACAAACAAACAUACUUAUUUCACGUGGCCAACGUCAAGCCUGUUAUCCUCUCAAGGUUCAAGUUCCGUGUUUCGUUCAACCCCAGUUUCCCCAACCUUAGUUUCCAACCCCAACCUUAGUUUCCAUGCUUUGACAACCAGCGAAGCCUCCACACUGUACAAUACGUUGCAAAACAUGAGCCCACCUACAUACAUGCUGACCGCAACGACAUCAUUGACGGCUGUAUCAGCAACAACUACAACCGUGAACCCUGUUUCUGAAACCAACGUACCAGCGGCGUUCACAGCGUCAGUAACAUCUACACCAGCGUCCACGAAGACUACAGCCACUACCACCCUAACCUCAAAUGGUGAUACCCUGACAACUACUGCAGAGCCAAAUGCAGCCGGAACUACGCCAAACGUUGGGCAGGAGUCGAGCACCGAGAAAGCAAAAACAUCAAAUAUGAACAUUGUCAUCAUAGCAGGAAUAUUGGGAGCAUGUGUGAUGCUGCUGUACAUGGUUGGGAUCACUGUGUUCGUGUGGAGACAACAUCGAAAGGCUUGGUACAGCCCGGGGAGGGCAAAAUGAGACAUUGGUGAUCCGAACAGCUGCACUUUAACUUCACUCCAUAUUCAUUUGGUGCCAUACGUGACAUUUAAGUCACAAUCAAAACGCUUAUUAUUAAUAUUUAUGUUCUUGUUUCGAAAACAAUCCCAGACA